UAGAAUCUACUGGCGGAAAGCACGAGCAGGCAGCUUCUAUCUAAAUAAUCCGUCUUUGAUUGUAUUGUAUGAUGGCAGAUUCGGAGACAAAAGGAGGGAAUCGAGACGGAAAGCAAGACAGAGGUCCAUAUAAGCGCAACAGAAGAGGCGACCGCUCACAUCAUCCAAAACCGAAGGCAGAAGAGGAGGAUAGUUCCGAGAAUGUGGAGCUUACACCUACCCUCUUAGCCUUCAAGGAAUACCAGUCUGAGCUGGAUCUCAAACAUGACAAGCAUGAAAGACUUGUGAAGGUCAGCAGAGAUAUCACAAUCGAGAGCAAGAGGAUCAUAUUCCUGCUACACCGCAUAGAUGGAGACAGUGACAAGGUUCUUAUUGAAGCAGAGACGAGACUGAAAUCAUUGGAGGAUACCCUUAUCUCUAAGAUUGCUUCUGAACUAAAAGGUGAGGAUUUGCAUCAGUUUAUCAGGGCUUUCUCACCAGGUGUUCAGGAGUAUAUUGAAGCUGUUUCAUUCUACCUCUUCAUCAAAGAAGAAAGACUUGUAACUCUUGAUGAAAUUAUCUCAAGACUCACAUUCUCUCUGAAAGAAGACAUCAAGAAGGUGGUAAAUGAAGAAGCAGAGGAAGCUGGCAGAGUAAAGAGUCGAUCAGAAGCCAGUGAUUCCACAGAGAAACAAGAUCAGCUAGAUCCAUUGAACUUGAAAGAAUCAAAAAGUGGUAGUGACCAUGGAACAUUAGCACUGAAGCUCCCACCUCUGGAGUACAUGCUCGGACUGGCAGACUUCACGGGUGAACUCAUGCGCAUGUGCAUCAAUAUCAUCGGCAGUGGAGACCUUGAGAGACCCUUCCAGCUUGUGAAUUUCAUGAGGAAUAUCAACCGAGGUUUCCAGCAGCUUGGUAACAUAGCUGGACGGGAGAUGGUGCGCAAGUCAACGGUGAUGAGGCAGAGCUUGAAGAAGAUGGAGGAUGCUUGCUAUGUGAUCAAGGUCAGGGGGUCAGAGAUUCCCAAGCACAUGCUCAAGGAUAUGGCUUUCAGCUCAGACUUCUCUGCCAGGGAUGAUGACUAUGGUCGGGAUAUGAUGGAUUGAUAUACUUUCACUUUGUGUGUCCUGUUAUGAAAUCCAGCUAUAGAAACUCAGUGUUGAAAGAUAACUGAACUUAUUAAACCUUUUUUGUUAAAUUCAAAAGUGACUGAAUUUUUUUUAAAACAGAUAAUAUUAUGUACCGGUAUGUUGAAGUUUUUCCUUCUGGUUUUGUUAUGCAACAUAAUAUUAUUGCAUUAAAGCCUAACAUGAAGGAUGUUUGCAUAACAUAAGAUGAAAAGUUCUUAUUUUAUAAAAGAAAAGCUAGUAGGAAAAUAUGCAGAUCAUGUAAAAUGUAUGAAUGAUUUUCUACCUGAAUUGAAUCUUUGAAAUAAAAAUAAAAGAGGGACAAGGCUUCUGGGUAUUAAAGAUAAAGAUUUGUUCAGUGUUGUUAAUAGCCAUCGAGGAAAAAACUGAAUCAGAAAAACAGUUUGUCCCUUAAAUGAUCUGAAGAAUUUACUCACAAAGUGUUUACCCCUUUCUACUUAUAGGGGGUGAAUAAUUGUUGUAGGGGAUUAAAACUAAUAGUUUACCCCACAAUACAAAACUAUUUCCCUUGCCUGGCGAAGGAAAUAUUUUGCCGGUUCAGAAGAAGUGCUUCAUCAGAAAAAAAAGCAUCAUAGAUUGAUCAUUUACCUGUCACAUUUGUUCCAUGAGUUAUCGGAGAAGACAUAAAAAAUGAUUGACAGAAGACCAGUAGAUAUGCCAUUGAGGUUCUCGUCUAAUGAUAAAAAAAUUUAUGGAUCAGUGCUCUAUCUCAUGGUUGUUAGAAAAAAUUGUUAUUUAUCAUUUCUACAAAAAUU